AUGAGGGCUCCAUCUGGCCGAGUACUUUCAGGUCUCAUGCGACAAACAUUGAAUAGAUCUGGCUUGAAAGCAUUGACACGCAAUUACUCGACACACAAUCUUAAUCUCUGCAGCGACGCCCAAUCUGAUGAGCCCACCGCCGCAGAGAUACUCCGCUUCGCUCUCACGUCUUCCAAAAACCCAGAUGCUGGAAAUGAACGCCACACAAGCUUGCGAAAACCAAUAACUGAGCUUCUUGACUCGGAAUGGCAAUCAAGUAGCCCUCCUCCGGCACUAUGGAACGCUCUAAAGGGCGUGGAUGUAUUAUUCAAGUCGACAGAGAGACGCCGCCUUCAAUCAGUGGCUGAUCUGGCUUCACUGAGAAAUGUCAUUCACAAAUUGGUCGUUGAUGAUGGAGGAGCCGAUCGUUUGCAGCAAAGAGAAUGUAAGGUACUGGGAAAUGCACUGAAACGUUGCCAGCGAGAUGAGACAUACAUUGAGAUACUUGCAACCCUGAGUGAUAUCAUUGCGAGACUCCAACGUCUUGAGCUCCCUAUUAGCUCUCAAAUAGUUGAGCUCGGCAUGUAUCAUGCUGCUUUGAAUCUAUUACCUUCCGCAUUCCGGCGGUUUUUGCAACUCUAUGAGAAACUGGGGGGCUCCAAAGAUUCUUCGCCGCUCAGCAAAAAGACCAGUCCUAGGCGGAUCUUGCAGACGCUCCUUCACGAAGUAGACUCUGCUCUUUUUGAAGAUCCGAGUUAUAACACGGCUGCUUUGCUUGCUGAGAUCACUGGCGAAGGAGAACACGAACGAGAAAAGCGGCCCAGACUGGCCGAUUGCUUACUGAGGGACCCUCAUCAGGAACAUGAGAACUGGGCUCUGUAUCUGUGCUUGCUCUCCAAGUUACAGAGCGUGGAGGCAUUGGACACUACGUGGACCAAGUUCAUGAACGCCUUUGAUCCGAAUAACCAGAAGUUCUGUCACCAGGCUUAUAGUGUUAUCCUGUCUCUAACACAGGCUAGACGGUCAGAUACUGCUGCAAAGUUCCUGGAGGAUAUUUCGAUGCGCAGUGAAGAUACUUUACCCUACAUCGGAGAUCUUCAAAGCAUACACGUUCUACUUGACGAUCCCAUAGUGGGCGAGGCUCUACCCGACUUAGUCCAAGGCGACCACUACGAAAAGUUGCUCGAAGUUCGCAUGGAAGAUAUGGAAGAGAGAUUAGGCAUUCAAUGGCAAGACAACCAAGCGAUAAGGGCGCACAAGAGCCAUGUCAGCACUGCACCAGACUCGGCAUGGUCAAGUUUCCUGGACCAACCUUUGCUCACCAUCGAUGGUGACUCCGCCGGAUAUGAUGAGCCGGCACGACUCUACCCUAAUCUCCAAGCCUACGGCUGUUCCAGGCAAAGAAGCGACCUGAGACAGUUGAUAGAUAUGCUGAUCGAUCAGACGGGGAAUGAGCAGGAGAUAACCACCCAUCUCAACUUUGACCCGGACCUCCUAGCCUCGUUCCACUCUGAAUUCCCAACCCUCCAAUUACGAUGGUGCGUCGAACACUCGCCAAUAGAGUUUUCAGACUAUCUCCUUGCAGCCACCACUAAGGAGUCGAAGAAAUGGUCACCAGCAUCUCUCGGGCUAAUUAGGGCGAGAGCCAUUGUGAAUGGCGUGCCUCAAAAGGGGACAAGAGCCCUUCACCUCGUGCAGCUGGGAUCCUUGGAUCUGCGAUACGGACCCGAUGAGCGAUGGCAGCCCUCUGGAUACAUUGUGGCAUGGGACCGCCAGUAUGGCGAGAUGGUCGCCCUCUUUGUUGGGAAGAACUACGGUGUCGUAGAUCGUGGGGCAGCGCCAUCUGAUGCCCCAUUUGGGGCAGUAAUGCACAUCCGACCCUCGGACAUGCCCAAUGCUUUGCCUCUUUCGCCCAAUCGCAUUCCUCGCGUUUCGGAUGGCCCGUACUAUUUGGAUGUCGAUCCAAGCGUGAAUUAG